GGCCAUCUCCUCCCCUCCCCCAGCCCCGGGUUCGGCGAAUCUGCUGCGCGGCGGACCCCGCUAGUGGGCGCGAGAUACCCGGCGGCAGCCAACGCGCCGGGAGACUGGCCCCAGCCGCACAGUGACCGCGGGUGUUGUCUACGCUGCGUGGACCUACGUCUCUACCCUGCGUCCGCCUCGGGGGCCACACCUGCCGGGAUCCAGAACCCAGGCCCCAGCGCGCGGGCGCGCGGAAGGAGGGAAAGAAAUUAGGACGGUGGAGAUGGAGAGGGGGAAGGGGAAGAAGAAGGGGAAGGAGCCAGAGAAAGAAAAAAUUCGGGAAAAAGGAAAGGAGGAGAAAGAGAAAAAGGAGGUGGAGAAGGGGAAAAUUAAGGGAAAAGAGAAGAAGGGGAAAGAGACAGGGAAGGAGGAGAAAAAUAAGUGUAGAGAGGAGGAAAAGAAAGAGCGGGAGACCGAGAAAGAGAAGGAACACCUUGAGGGAAAAGAAGACAAAGAGAAGAAGGAUAACAACGCCUUGACGAAGCCCCCGCUGGAGCCUCUGGAAAAAAAUAAGCAGAUCCUUGUGUUGGGCCUGGACGGAGCAGGAAAGACCAGUGUUCUCCACUCUCUAGCUUUAAACAAAGUCCAGCACAGUGUGGCACCCACCCAAGGUUUCAAUGCAGUAUGCAUCAACACUGAAGAUAGCCAAAUGGAAUUCCUAGAGAUUGGUGGCAGUGAACCUUUCCGUUCCUAUUGGGAAAUGUACCUGUCCAGAGGAUUGCUGCUGAUCUUUGUGGUAGAUUCAGCAGAUCACAACAGAUUACCUGAAGCCAAGAAACACCUUCAUCAAUUAAUUGGAACAAACCCAAUCCUUCCUCUGGUUGUGUUUGCAAACAAACAGGAUCUUGAAACAGCCUAUCGUAUUACAGAUAUCCACGAAGCUUUGGCAUUGUCUGAGGUGGGAAAUGACAGGAAGAUGUUCUUGUUUGGAACACAAGUGACUGAAAAUGGCUCAGAAAUACCCUCCGUCAUGCAAGAUGCCAAAGACUUGAUUGCACACCUGGCUGCAGAUAUGCAGUGACCGAGCCUGGGCCCACUGUGCAGCUCUCAAUCUAAAUGUCACCAAGGAGUGUUAAGUGACAGAUUUGAAGCCACAGGUUUCCACUGUCGAAUAAAAAAUAAGCCACUUCC